GAUGAGAGAAGUGGAGAAGUUUUCCGAACCAUCCGAAACUGGUAGAAUCAUCCAAAAUGUAGCCAGAAUUUUCAGGAAUAUACAAGAUUAUCCUUUCAUGUUGUUUAAAUACCACACGAGUCCCCUUAGACGAUCAUCAAAGAGGAGUUAAGCAUCUACGGUCUCAAUAGUUACUACAAUCUGCAAAGUCUAAGUAAUAGAAAGAUGUCUCUCAUCCCAAGCUUUUUCAGUGGGCGAAGGAGCAACGUGUUUGAUCCUUUCUCCCUUGACGUGUGGGAUCCCUUCAAGGAUUUUCCCUUUCCCACUUCUCUUUCUGCAGAGAAUUCAGCAUUUGUGAGCACUCGUGUGGAUUGGAAAGAAACCCCAGAGGCGCACGUGUUGAAGGCUGAUAUACCCGGUUUGAACAAGGAACAAGUGAAGGUAGAGAUUGAAGAUGAUAGGGUCCUUCAGAUCAGCGGAGAGAGGAACGUGGAGAAGGAAGAUAAGGACGACACGUGGCAUCGUGUGGAGCGUAGCAGUGGCAAGUUCAUGAGGAGGUUCAGAUUGCCGGAGAAUGCCAAAGUGGACCAAGUGAAGGCUUCUAUGGAGAAUGGGGUUCUCACUGUUACCGUUCCCAAGGAAGAGGUUAAGCAGCCUCCUGUUAAGGCAAUAGAAAUCUCUGGUUAAGCUAUGUUACUGUGUUCCUUAGUCGUGUGUUUUGUUUUACUAAGGAUUUUGUGUGAUUGGUGCAAUAAUACCAUGCAUUGUAAUUACAAAUAAAGUUUAUGUUACAUGUUGUUAUGGUAGAAUCGCACUUAUACUCUUUGUUUUGUAAAGUGAGUGAAUAAGAACUGCAGUGUGUUUCUGUAAUAGAUUUAAUACCAGUUGUUGUU